AUGUUAUUUCGAAGACUCUACACCUCUUUAGCCUGUUCUAACCACUACCCAUCUUUUCUUUUCAAGAAAUUUACAAACCCUUCUGCUAUUAUCAACUCAAACCCACUAUUUCCUUGCCCAAAUAGCUUCAAUUUGAGCCUCCAAAGGCCGAAUUUCAUAGCCAGAUCAUUUAUUUCAUCAAAUUCCCAAAUGGGUGAUUCCAGAAGACCACGUCCAGUACCUAUACCAUCCGUAGAAUCAGCCGAUAAGGCCGAAUUGUAUCGAGCCCUUGAAGCCUCAUUGGGUUCACAAUUCAGCUCUGACCCUCUGGUUCCAAACCCUAACCCUUUGAUCAUGGUGAUAAGUGGUCCAAGUGGGGUCGGCAAAGAUGCUGUGAUCAAAAGAUUGAGAGAAGAGAGAGAAAAUAUACAUUUUGUUGUUACCGCAACAAGCCGGGCAAUGAGGCCUGGCGAAAUUGACGGAAAAGAUUACUUUUUUGUGAGUAAAGAAGAAUUCUUAUCAAUGAUUGAGAAAGAUGAGCUUUUGGAAUAUGCAUUGGUGUAUGGGGAUUAUAAGGGUGUUCCAAAACAGCAAAUUCGAGAUUAUAUGGCGAAAGGGUGUGACAUUGUCAUGAGGGUUGAUAUUCAAGGGGCCGCGACAUUGAGGAGGAUUUUGGGGAAAUCGGCUGUGUUUAUAUUUUUGGUGGCAGAGAGUGAGGCCACGUUGGUGAAGAGGUUGAUUGAUAGGAAGACGGAGACGAAGGAAACGUUGCUUGUGAGAAUUGCCACGGCCAAGGAGGAGGUGAAGCAUAUGAAGGAUUUUGAUUAUGUGGUUGUGAAUAAGGAGGGCGAGUUGCAGAGGUCAGUGAAGUUGGUGGAGUCGAUUAUUGAUGCAGAGAAGGCUAAAGUGCGGCAAAGGAGUGCGGCGAUUUAG